CUUAACCGCUAUAACUAUGGACGUGCUUUCGCGACCAGCAGAAGAAUUUAUCAACGAUGGCACGGUGGAGGAACUGUGGGCUCUAAAGGCAGUUGAACACGCCGAGGUACAUUUCAAUCUCUUGUGCAGUGUGGAUCCUCGCCUACUUCAUCUGACUCCGUACGACGAUGAAAUAUAUGAGCAAUUUCGGCGAAUGUUCCCCGACAUGGACGUACGAGUUCUGAACGAAACUGAACUCAAAAAUUCGGACGGAAAGACUAAGUGGAGGGCCUACAUGGAAAAAUUUAACCGGCUGGAGGAUUACAGCUACGGUACGUUGCUGCGAGCUGACGCAGGGGAAGAAUUCCGGCCAGAGAACGCUAUCCUGGUGGUAAGGAUCCAGUUUUGGGCGAUUGAGGUGGCGCGAAACCGGGAAGGCCAUAAUGAUCAAGUUAGAGUGAAAUUCCGUGGAACCAAUACAAAUAGAGACAUCGAAUAA